GAAUUUUUAUAUGAGCUUUUUUUUCAACCCACUCCACCUCAACCCGCCCAGAAUCACAUCCCCUCUCUCUCUACAGUUCUCAGACAUCCAGCUUCCUGGACUUCCAAAGAUCUUGGGAUUAUUCAAUUCAGGGGUGUCGGAUUUCCCCCAAACUGACCUUGUACCUUUAAGAUAGGGUUCCCAAUUGGCAGAAUUUACGAUGCCACCGUUCAUGUCAACCUCAAAAGCACUUGGGUCCUUUAUGUUCCGGAAAAAUGGUUCCAGACAUUCUAUUAGGUCCCUCAAGAACAGUUGGCGGUUGCAGAAAUUUGAUCAGAUUCAAUGCAUUAGUAGCAUCACGGGUAUCGAUACCCCGUCAGUCUGUAAUUCGGCCAAUGGCCUUAAUGAUCUUAAAUUUUCGUGGCGGAGUUUGUCUAAUGAUAGUCACACUGUUCAAAAAAGGCGGUUUCUGGGUUGUGGAGAUGGUGAAGAGGGCGGUGUUCUGUCGAAAGUUUACAAGGAGAGGCGCGUCUUGGGGUAUUCUCCAGAGCAGUUGUUUAAUGUUGUUGCUGCUGUUGACUUAUAUCACGGUUUUGUCCCCUGGUGUCAGCGGUCUGAGAUACGUAAACAUUAUCCUGAUGGAUCUUUUGACGCUGAGCUGGAGAUUGGUUUCAAAUUUCUUGUUGAGAGUUACACUUCCCACGUAGAAUUGAACAGGCCAAAGUCUGUAAAGACUACUGCAAAGGAUAGUGCCCUGUUUGAUCACUUGAUAAACAUAUGGGAGUUCAAUCCAGGACCAGUUCCAGGGAGUUGUGAGCUUUAUUUUUUUGUGGAUUUUAAGUUCCAGUCACCACUUUAUCGACAGGUUGCAUCCAUGUUCUUCAAGGAGGUUGUUUCUCGACUUGUAGGUUCGUUUAACGAGCGGUGCAGUUUGAUAUAUGGACCGGGGGUCCCAACCCUUGAAAAUUCUUAUAGUCAAAGGGCAUGAGACAUGGUUUCGUAUGUAACAGGGUGUUGUGGCAAAUGAACUUGUGGUGGGAUAUAUUCACUGUCACACCAGCCACUGGGUGGUUUUUGUUUUGUCUGCUGCCUGGUAGGCUAAUUGAUCUUUUUAUGAUUAAUUCAAAUUUCAAUUAAAGCCUUAAAAAUUAAAACCCCUCUAGGCCUCCUCCUCCUACUGAAAGUUUUGAUAAUGAAAUUUCAGUGAUGGUGUAAACUUUUA